AUGAACGCCAACUUUGGUCCCAUCUUAAAAACACAUAGUGAAGCGGACUAUGAUCCUACAGGUUUGUUGUUGCGUUGCCUAGCAUGCAUGGUAUGGCAUGCCAAGUCGUUCCAGGAGUACAUUGCCCAUAACCCAAGCAACGAACUUGUCAAGGUUCCAUUCUACAACAUGAGAGGAUCAGAAAUUGACGCAUUGCAACAGCUUAUCACUGUUGAACCAACUCCCGAUGUCAUGACCACUGUUACUGGCGUCCCGCCACACAUUGAAACAACUUGCCAAAUGAAGGCAAUUCAUGACAACUUAAUACAGUUACUUGCACAAACAAGAAUCAGUGAGGACAACCAGAAGCAGCGCGACGAGCAAUUGAAGGCAGACCUUGUUGCGGCUGUUCACCAUGGAAUAGAGCAGAAUGCAAUUUCGAACGGCAACAUUACUGCAAAAGGUAUCAAUGACAUCAUUCAAAAGCACCAAGACGCAACAAAUAAACAACUUACCGAACAUUUCAAAGUAAUGCUUAGGAGCCUGCCUCCUCAGCUCCAAGGUUGUCAGCCAGCUCCGAUUCCGCCACCUGGAAAUCAAGUUCAGCAAGGGGGUGGAUUGUUGCUUCAAAAGCCUGAUCAAGGAAAAUACAUUUACACCGACAGGUUCUGGUCCGUUCCAGAAGGCUUUGAGUUCCCUCCAAAGCCAAACCUUCCCCAAGCGCUUUGA